AUGGACCAGCGCGGCGCCCCUGAAUUCAUACUCGAAGCCUUUGCAGACCCCAACUCUGUGCGCGAUGUCGUUCGCGGUAUCCUCCAUACCAUCUUCUUCCUCCGCUUCUUCUCCGCCGUCUCCCCGCAAACCCGCGACGUCCUCGGGCUCGAGCUAGCCUACGUUCCCGAAGCCGAGAUCGAAACCCUCAUCGACCAGCGCGUGGCCGCCCUCGUGCGCCAGCUCGAGUCGGAGCGCCACCAACCCCAUAACCUCUACGAUAACCGCGGUGGCGGCCCAGGGCUUGGCCUGCUAGGAGGUGGGACACCGCCGUCGACAACCUCCAGCGGGGGAGGCGGCGGCGGGCGCGGGCAGAUCACGAUCCAAUUUCUCGAGAAGCGCCGGCGCAAAACGUGGUACGCCAUGCGCGGCGACGACGAGGUCUGCUGGGAGAGCUGGACAGUCAAGGUGACGGUAGCCGACCCGCGGACAGAAGGCGAACGAGCCAAAGUCCGACGCGCCUCCGAAAAAACCCUCCACAACACCAUCAUGAAAGCCGUCACGCUCGCCAACGCCCACAAGGACCACAUCCCGCCCAUCACGACCUCGGACUCGAACCCAUUCCCCUACCAGAUCCACGUCAGCGGCGCGGGCGGCACCGGCGGUGGCAGCGGCGGCGGCCAACCACAACCGCAGCCGCAACAGCAGCAGCAGCACAAGCUAAGCAAGGAGGGCAAUGUCGCCGCCGCCGCCGCCGCUGCUGCUACCGGGUGGGCUACGCGCAUGGGCAUCUACUAG